GUCGUUGAAUGACUUCCACCUUUACCGGCAGGCGGAGGGAGCGGAGCAGCUUUGCAACAGUGUAGACAACGUGUGUUCAGCAGAUUGGGACACGCUGAAACUGUUUUCAGUAAUUCCUUUAACAAGUUUGAACAAGAUAACACUCCUCCCGCUGCCGCCGUUGCUGCUCCUGCUGGUGAUGAUGUGAGGCUGGGUUGAUCCAUCGCUUACGUGUGUGUUUGUCAGUGAGUCUGUGUCUGUGUGUGUCCGUGUCUUGACAUUUGCUCCGCCUAUAUCGCAUUGAACUGAAGUCGCAGUUGAAUCGCAGUGAAGCAGUUUCUCGAGAGGAAACAGAAGGGUGGUGGAUUGCGUUUAGAGUGGAGAAACUGUGAACCGACGAUGGCAGAGAACAAGAUGGGCCCAAAUCUCCAGGCUGGAGCUGGAUUCCUCGCCAAAAGGGUCCAGAAGUCCUUGAAUCGAGCCCAGGAGAAGGUCCUUCAGAAACUGGGCAAAACCAUGGAGACCAAGGAUGAACAGUUUGAGCUAUGUUUCCAGAACCUCAAUAAACAACAGGUCGAUGGAGGCAGGUUGUUUAAAGACGUAAAAGCCUACUACGCAGCAGUGAAAGCUGUGCAUGAGACAUCCAAGCGGCUGUCCCAGACGUUGCGAGACAUCUACGAGUCAGACUGGAACGGCGUGGAGGACCUUGCUGUCAUUACAGAAAGUGAAGACUUGCUUUGGAACGACUAUGAAGAGAAACUGAGUGACCAAAUUGUCCGCACAAUGGAGAACUACACAAGCCAGUUCCCAGAGGUCAAGGAGCGAGUUGCAAAACGUGGUCGCAAGCUGGUGGACUAUGACUCAGCGCGUCACCACCUGGAGGCACUACAGAGUGCCAAGAAAAAGGAUGAGGCCAAAAUAGCAAAGGCAGAAGAAGAGUUUAACAAGGCCCAGAAUGUCUUUGAAGAGAUAAAUAAUGAGCUGAGGGAGGAGCUGCCUGUUCUCCAUCAGAGCCGUAUAGGUUGCUAUGUGACAGUGUUCCAAAACAUAUCAAACCUGAGAGAUGUCUUCUAUAAGGAAAUGAGUGUGCUGAACCGUGAGCUUUACAACGUGAUGAAGAAACUAGAGACUCAGCACUCUGGAAAAAAUUUCAUCAUCAAGGGUCUGAACAGCACAUCAGGCAAGUCAAAGAAGAGAAAGUCCCUGGUUAUUUCCAAUCCCAUUCCCUGCAAUACUGCCUUCCCAGCUGACCAUGUCUCCAUCCAUUCCUCCACCCAAAACGGAAAAGACGCUGUGCCCUCUUCCCCCACCCAACAAACUCAAAGUAUCACCGAAGAAACCAACCCACCAGAAGAGAGCAGCAUCUCAUCCAAAGACGUCAACUCGUCAGACUCUGAUCUCAGCUCCAGCGGCACCAACACACCCAAGAGGCAGUCGGUAUGUGACAAUGAGAACAGCAGCAGGGGCACAGGAGGCCAAAGUCCGGAGGAGGAGGAGGAGGAGGAGGAGGCAGCAGCUGAAGCUGAAGCUGAAGCAGAAGCAGAAGCGGAAGCGGAAGCAGAGCUCUCUACAAACCAGUCGGAUGACUCUGGGGUGGGAGUCCAAAAGUCAGAGGCAGCAAGUCAGGAAGUGUCCAAUCCCUCUGAUUCUGCAGACAGUGAUGCCCCACAGAGUCCUGAGCAGGAGAAUGUAAGUGAUCCACCAUCAGAGGAGGCCGAGCCCAAACCUGCACCAGUUCCUGCUCCUCGCCUUUCCUUCCACUCCACAGACAAAUGCCCCCUCCUGCCUGAUGUAGAGCAGGAAGAGACGGAGGAAGCGCCGGUUAACCAGGAGACCACUGAAUCAGGAGAUGACUUCAGUUCCCACAGUCCACCUGGCUUCUUAUACAAGGGGGUGGCACUAGAGAGCCAUGCAGCAUCUGGAGAAGGCCUGCUCCAAUUUGAAGAGGGAGACAUCAUCCUGGUACUUGCUGACACUCAAGAGGUUUGUGCGUGUUCUUGUAAAGCAUAUCUCACUUCCUGUGGAACUUCAAAGAUAGAAGAGAUAGAAAAAGACACAUUUCCAGUAAUGUCUGUUACCAUUUUUGGUUGUUCUCUGAACAACCAAAAGUUUAGGCCAGUGCAUUGCAGGCCUGUUUCGGAUCUUGAUGUGCAUACUGCUGAUGAUGCACUUUUCAUCACAGCACAUCACAUGUUUGCUUUAGUUUUCUUUUUGAGAGAAUUUUUAUUUCUCCUGUGGGUAACUAGUCCAACCACAGUGAGAGAUUUCCACUGCAGAUAAAAUGAAUCUGAAGGCAGAAAAUGUUUCAAAUUAAAAUAUUCUCAUUCACAAAACAUCCAAAAGCUGAAAUUAGCUUCUAUCUGGAUGAGCUGGGAGAAACUCUCAAAAAUAAGGGGCAAGUAAGUCGUAACUUUAAGACUCCUGUCAAGUUAGGCAGUCAAGAGGAUAUACUCUAGAAAUCUGCAGGUAGUGUGCCCCAUUGUGUCCAGUGUUUUGGAAAAGCGUAUUUUAAUUGCAGGUGACUUUCUAACAAUCAGAUUAACUCGUCAGAAAAUCAAAACAACCCACAUUUGAUGGAGCAUUAAAAAAUAACCAAAUGAAAUUUGAAAAAAACAAAUCAAACAAAACUGGUUUGAUGGCUAUUAUCUGUAAUGUUUGCUAAAUGCAUCAUCAGAGGGUGAAUUACUAAGUCAAAAAAUGUGAGCAUUUUACUUUGUGUGUAAAAUAUUUGUUAAUUAAAUAUAUCUAAUCUCACUUUUUAAAAAAUUCAUUCUUAAUCUAAUUGAAUCAUAAUAAUCAUGCGUGUAUGUCAUUUAUGUUUUUUUGUGAAAUGUUAUUUCUAAUUUAAUUGCACUAUACUUAGUUACAUUUUGAAAUAAUUCCAAAUUAUAACUUAAUUUGAUUAUUAGUUUCAUUUUAUUUUUAAUUUGAUUUAAUCUCUGUAACUCUUAACAAGGAACUUUUGGUGCCCUUUAGUAGGACUCCUUAUAGUAAGAUAAGACACUUUGUGAACAUUUUCUUGUCAGUCCCUUUGUAAAGCAGGAAAUCAUAGUAAAAGUAUCUGAUCAGAGGGUUGAUUUGCAUUGAAUCUUACAUGUAUUAAUGUUUCUGGCAGCAGGAAGGCCUAGGUGAAGGGGAUCAGGGAGGAGAGCUGGAACCAGCACAAGGAACUAGAAAAUCACUCUGGGAUCUUCUUGGAAAAACUCAUUCAGCCUGUACAGGCAGAGUGAGGCAAUAGUCACUCCUGAGUCUGUAAUACUUUCUUCUUCCACCAAACAGUUAUGGUGACUCACACACACAUUCACACACACACAAACACACACAUACACACACCCACGCACAGAGGGAGUGAACCCAUAUGUUUUGGGUGCAGAAGCUGAACAAACAGAUGAGCACAAGUCCCACGUGGUUACUCACAUGCUAUGAUGUUGCAACUUGUGGAACAAAAGUGACUGAGCUGCAGAACAUUUUGUAAGAGACAUUUGGAAAAGUUACAGUAUUUAGCUUUUUGUGUUGUCAAUGUCUGUGAAACACUGUGAAACAAAAAAUCUUUUUAUAAUGAUGCUUUAAUCUUUUGUAAAACUUCUCAAUAAAGUUCUAAGUAAAAGAGAA